GUGUAAGCUGCUCUCAUUCAAGCAUCAGCUGAUGCUACACCUUUUCAGCACCGCGGACAGCUCCGUUCUGCAUACCGAGCAGAUGGGGACGCUUAUAAAAGUCCGCAUGGAGCGACUCUGCACCGUACACUCACCGCGACAGCCCGAGCCACAGCAUGGAUAACCGAUUCGGCUUUCCGCGCAGAAUCGCUCCAGAUGAGUAUCUACAACACAAACCGAAGCGUUCAACAUUAGAUAUUCGAGGGACGUCCACGGGCAUGAAUGUGACCGAGCCGUUAUCCGGAAAGUUUAAUGAGAAGGAACUGAUGCACGGCCUGAACGACCGUCUCGCAGGAUUCAUAGAGAAGGUGCACCAUCUGGAGUACCAGAAUCGUAUGCUAGAGAGAGAGAUCGAGGAGAUCAGGGGGAAAGCGAAAGCCGCAUCUUCUUUGGAGGAGGAAUACGGGCCCGAGCUCGGCAAACUGAGACAGCUGGUUCAGGAUAUCACUCAUCAGAAGCAUCAGAUUGAAAUUGAGCAUCAGAAUUUAGAGGACGAGCUGUCCGAUUUGAGAGGAAAACAUGAACAGGAGUCGCGCAGCCGAUCUGACGCCGAGAACAACAUUGUGGUCCUCAAGAGGGACAUCAGUGACGCGUACCAGGCUAAACUGCGGCUGGACAAGAAAGCACAGGCUCUCGUGGACGAAAUCCACUUCCUGAAGAAGAACCAUGAGGCCGAGGUGUCGGAGAUGUGUGACCAAAUCCAGGAUGCGCAGGUGAACGCCAAGGCGCAUGAAUUUGGCAACCCUGGCGUCACUGCGGCACUCCGGGACAUCAGGGCGCAACUGGAAGGUCAUACCGUGUCCGAGUUCGAGCAGGUGGGAGCGACUUUCCGAUCUCAGUUCGCAAGAUUAACCGAGGCAGCUGAGAGCAAGAGGGAGGCGUUAAAAGCGACCCAGCAGGAGAUCCAGGAGUACAGGAGGCGCCUGCAGGCCAAGAACAUCGAACUGGACUGCGCUAAAGGCACCAGGGAAGCGCUGGAGAGGCAACUUCAUGACGUCGAGGAUCGCCACAAGGAAGAAAUGAUUCAUUACCAGAACACGAUCAAAGAACUUGAAAAUGAGCUCAUAAACUGCAAAUUUGACAUGUCUGGUUACCUGCGGGAAUACCAGGACCUGUUAAAUGUGAAGAUGGCUUUGGAUGUGGAGAUAAUGUCUUACAGGAAACUUCUCUGCGGUGAGGAGGCUCGACUCUCCACGAUGUCAGACACCCACAUCUCCUUGCCCUACAUCUACCACCAGUCCCCCGUUUACACUCUUCCCUGCCUCAGCCGCCCGGGAGGACCGCACAGACGAGUCGAGCCGCACUACAAGUUUGUGGAAGAGAUCAUAACGGAGACCACCAGGGAAAUUGAGAUGUCAGAGUUUGAGGAGACAGGAUCAGAGGAGACAGAGGUGGGAAAAGAUGAGCAGGAGUGUACCAAAAGAGAUGGAGGGAGCAGUGAGGAAGAGAAGGAUAAUAAAGACGUCAGAGAGGAAGAGAAGGAUAAUAAAGACGUCAGAGAGGAAGACGGUGAGCAGAUGUCUGAUAGUGAGCAGAAUCAAGUAGCAUCCGUAGGACAUUCCGUGAAUGGAGGGGAUGAUGGGAGUCCUGGUAAAGUAGAUGAUGGUGAAAAGGGUCAGAAAAGUAAAGAAGAGUCAGAGGAGACUGACGCAGGUGACAAUGAAGGGGACAAAGUUGAGCAAAGUGAGGGCCUUGAUGAGGAAGAAAAUGAGCAACUUCAAAAAGUAGCUGAAAAUGCAAAAGAUGAGAAAGAAGCUGCAGUGACAAAUGCAGAAGUUCAGAAAGAAGCUGGAGUGACAAACGCAGAAGUUCAGAAAGAAGCUGCAGUGACAAACGCAACAGAUGAGAAAGAAGCUGCAGUGACAAACGCAACAGAUGAGAAAGAAGCUGCAGUGACAAACGCAACAGAUGAGAAAGAAGCUGCAGUGACAAACGCAACAGAUGAGAAAGAAGCUGCAGUGACAAACGCAAAAGAUCAGAAAAAAGAAGCUGCAGUGACAAACGCAAAAGAUGAGAAAGAAGCUGCAGUGACAAACGCAAAAGAUGAGAAAGAAGCUGCAGUGACAAACGCAAAAGAUGAGAAAGAAGCUGCAGUUACAAACGCAACAGAUGAGAAAGAAGCUGCAGUGACAAACGCAACAGAUGAGAAAGAAGCUGCAGUGACAAACGCAACAGAUGAGAAAGAAGCUGCAGUGACAAACGCAAAAGAUGAGAAAGAAGCUGCAGUGACAAACGCAACAGAUGAGAAAGAAGCUGCAGUGACAAACGCAAAAGAUGAGAAAGAAGCUGCAGUGACAAACGCAGAAGAUGUAAAGCCAGAGAUCCAUGCAGGGGAGGAACUUCCAAGAAAAUCUGAUGUUAGUGAAAAAGGAGACACUGAAAAGGACAGUUCUUUCUCCAUUCAAGAGAAGAAGCCUGUUGAGGAGACCUCGGCCCGAGAGUCCAAAGAAUCAGACAAAACUCAAGAGCUUAGCAGCGUUGUUCAAUUGCAAGAUGAGGUGCACACUUCAGUUUCAGAAACAGUCGAGAAAACCAGAGAUGUUACAGCGGAGACCAAGAGCGCUCUGUCCGUGGAGACCGAGGAGCUUUCAGUAAAGGCUCGGGUAACUUCAACUGCAACACCCACGAGUGAGGGAAAGGAAAACAGUCAAACAGACCUGAAGGAAAUCAAUAAAUCUGAAGCCGCAAAAGCUGAGGAUAAAGUAGCAAAAAGCAUUCAAGAUGCUAAACACGAUAGCAAUAAAGGCCAAGAGAAAGAGUCGCCUGUUAAAUCUGAUGUGAAAAGUCUUCCUGGAGCGGAGGAUCAGAAGCCGAACAGUGGCGAUAAAACCCAAACAGACCAAGCUGUGUUGCCAAAGGAGAAGACAACUGUCAAUGGAGAAAUCAAAGAGGGGGCACCUGAAAGCAGUCAGGUUCAGAAACCAAAGCUGUCUGAGGUUUCAGAGAUAAAAAAGGAUCCUCGAGAUGAAAGUGAGAAGGUGGAGAGCAGCAAGUCAGAGAAAUGAGAGGGAAAUGUGCUAAAAGCAAAAACGCUGGGGCAUAUCUUUUGAGGUCGAGAAAGUGAGGAUAAAUGACAUUUUCCCCUUGAAUGUAAUGAGCGCACAGUUGGCAGGCAAAUACCAGGGAUCGUGAAGCUGAAAAUAGAGAAUGGCUUAAUUAGUGCAGAUGCAAAUUUAAGGUCUAAGCUGAACCAAGCAAUAAGAAGAAAACUCAAAGCUGUAACUUCUCUACACAAUGACCGUCUUUAAAGGAGAGCAUGAUUCUCGGUGCAACAGCUUUGCCUUUGAACUUUCAAUCAACUUGUUGACGUAUUCAAAUCCUUUAACUCACCACUUAACUAAUGUAUCAUGAAUGUAAAAGAUGCAAAGUUACAUUUGAAUGAGUGUCCAUCUUUACUUGCUUUGGUAUGUGCUGAGAAAUAAACUACCAACUAUCAAGUCA